AUGUGGAAUUCUGUGGUUAAGGUGUUGUCCAUGAUUCAUGAGGAUGAGCGUAAUACUAGUCGAGCGGGUGGUUUGGUGCGCAAGAUGGAGAGUUUCUCCUUUGUUUUGAAUAUGAAAUUGAUGUUGAAGGUGCUUCGCAUUACUAAUGAGCUAUCUCAGUUGCUGCAAAGAAAGGAUCAAAAUAUUGUUCAGGCUAUGUCAUUGCUUGUUGAUGUAAAAACAAGGUUGAUGUCCUUGAGAAAUGAAGGUUGGGAGCCGUUGCUUCAUGAAGUCAAAUCAUUUUGUACUGAAAAGAAGAUUCCAAUACCAAAUAUGGAUGACUCAAUACUUAGAUGGGGUCGAUCAAGGCUAGAUGGUAACUUAAUCACCCAAGAGCAUCAUUACCGUGUUGAUACUUUCUUGGCUGCUAUUGAUGCUAUUAUCACCGAGAUGGACCAUCGCUUCAAUGAGGUAUCAUCAGAGUUACUUGUUUGCUUCUCAUGUCUUGAUCCAAGAGACUCCUUUUCUAAGUUUGAUGUUGAAAAGAUUGCAAGAUUGACUGAAAUAUAUAAAGAAGAUUUCUCUGACUUGGAUCGCUCUAAUAUAAGAGACCAACUUGAGACAUUCAUCCUUCAUAUGAGAAGAGUUGAACAAUUCAAGGCUUGUCAUGAUUUUGGAAGUUUGGCUAUACAGAUGGUUAAAAGUGAAAGAGACAUUGCUUUUCCAAUUGUCUAUCGCCUCAUCAAGCUAGGAUUGCUUCUACCUGUCGCAACUGCCACUGUUGAAAGAGCCUUCUCGGCUAUGAAUAUAAUCAAGACAGAUUUGCGCAAUAAGAUGUCCGAUGAAUGGCUUAAUGAUUUGAUACUCUAUUACAUUGAGAAAGAGAUUUUUAGAGGCCUUGAUGAAAGUGAAGUCAGGAAGACAUUUCAAGCCUCCAAAAACCGGGCUAUUGACUUGCCUAGGCCACCAAGAAGGCCUAGACAUGAUUAG